GAUGGCUGGAAGAAGUGGGGUAGCAAGCUGCACCAACCAAGUCUACAACUAAAGAAGGUAAAGACCAAAUUAACUGAGGUCUUGGUACUGUCAACAAAGAGUUACACAGUUCACUGGUUUCAAUGCCAAAGCAGAAUAACAUUAGGUUGGGUGCAGAGUAAUGCCCUCUGAAAGCUGCAGGCAUUGAGAUAGAAUUGGUGGGGGUAUAGGGAUCGCUUGAAGGUAACAGAUACUAAUUUCUCUAAUAAUGACUUUGAGUACUUUUGGGUUGUAAUUUUGCCGAAAAUCGAUCCGCAGUUCUACCCAGCAGCUCUGUAUCAUCCCCCAAGCCCUACUUACGAUCCUGAUGAUCUUAUUGAAUUUCUGGAAAGGCUUGUGAAACACUUCUUUCCAGUGAGAUAACCGGAUGCUAUACUUUUGUUCAAAGCCAGCUUGCUAAAUCGCUAACCGGGGUAUCAGGAAUCUUGCAAAUUUUUGCUACCAAUGAGCCAUUAUAGUUUGGCAGUAUCCACCGCGUGCAUGGACUUGUUAAAUCAGACCACAAAUUUGUAUAUAUUAAGAGUACUGAAUUCAGAGACACCCAUGGUCACUAUAAAAUGGCAAUCUACGCUUAUUUCAACUGGUCCAUUCAACUGGUCCAUUUUUUUGGCGGAUGCCAAUUUGGAAUUUGCAGUGGAGUUGUUCAAGCAUUUAAUUAAGUCACCUUUUUUUUAGCGAGUUCUUCUCAGUUCUCAGAGUCAGGCAAUCAUCAAACGAUUCAGUCAUCAUGUCCCUUCGGGUUUAACUUUAAUUGAAUAAAAAGACAAUGUAUCAAGAUUGUGACUUAGGCAGAACCAGAUUGAUAUUACACCGAUUGAGAAUACUGAACAAGCAUGUUACGUCAACUAAACAAUGGUGGACAACAGUCAAUACUACUAGUGAAAGAAAGUCUAAACAACUGGAGGAACCUAUCAGUUUUUUUGUUGUUUUGUGAGGAAGUAAACAAAUAUUCUCAAUUAAACUGUUCAAAAACUUUUUGAUAUUGCUGAUUUUACAAGGGCGUUCACUUUUAAGUUCCUUUCCACCCCAAAAGGACGAAAGCAGGACCAGAUAGUUUAAACACAUUUUAGUUUCGGAGAGAGUUUGCUGCUAAAUUGGUCCCGGUCAUGAAGUUUUUCUUACUCUUUCUGUUAAAUUCCAAAUUGUGGUACAAAUUUGGAAAUUAAUCAAUAUCGAUCCUAGUUCUAAGGAAUACCCUCUUUGAACCAGUAAAGCCAUAUUUCUGUCACGAAUCGUAUAAUUUACCUUUUUGAGAAGAUAGUAAUGUCAGUAAUGUUUAUCAAAUGGAAAUCAAGCCAUUCAUUAGCUCAUCGAAAAGCCCAGAUCGAUUAUAUAUAGUUUUUUUUUUCCAUACAAAUCGUUACAUUUCGAAUGUUACGGAAAAAUGCCGAUGCUCAUAUUUCGAGCUUGGGCUACCUGUGGUUGAACCCAAUGAAAGUGCGCAAGGGUAAUUGGUGCAGGUGGCUCAUAGGGGGAGACCAAGCAAUGUUAUCAAAAGUCAACACGUGGUUGAAAUGGCCUAAAAUGAAAGAGGCAGACUGUGUUAGACUGUUUGCAAUUGCCUUCUCAAAGGUUUUUGAUUCAGUUAGUCUAGCUAUUAUAUUUAACAAAUUAAAAGAGGUAUCCAUUAAUCCUUAUAUUAUUUACUGGAUAUUUUUUUUCCUCGAAGACUCCAGAGACUUGUAUCUAAUGGUACUAUGUCUUCUCCUGGUCCAUAAUUAGGGGUGUUCCUCAGGGUACUAUUUUGGGACCAGUUUAUUUGAAUUGAGUUGUACGACAUCUGUCCGGUCAACAGCAUGAAGUCUAUGCCAACGAUCUAGCCUUAAGCAUUAUGGUUAAGGGAAGUGAUGACUGUACCCCUGUUGAAGUAGAGUAUAUCCUUACUUUUACAGAUAACAGAAGGAUGACAAUCUCAUAUGAGACUAGAGAAAUGAUUGCUACGGGGAAAACCGAAAGGCCUUCACUUUCUGUUGUAUUUGACAUUCACCAGGAAACAUUAUACACUUAAUGUCACAUCCCGAGGGAAACAGUUAGUUUUGUUUUCCCGAGGGACUCGUGGAAAAAAAACUAACUGAUUUCCCGAGGGACGUGACAUUAAGGGUUCUGUUAUAUUUCUAGACUUUCACUUCAACAGCAACAAAAGAAUAACCGGAGCGAACCAAAACAGUCGACUCGGUUCUUAUAACAACACCAAUUUUAAUUCCUAAAACCACUGAAUGAUUGAUUUACAAAGUACUUUCCUUAUAUUAUCUGCAUCUUUUUCCUCCUUUAGCUGCUUUUUCUUCUUCUGGCAUGACUUUAAAAAUCGUUGCUUUUUAGCUUGAGGCUUCGUAAUUGUGUUGCUCAUUCACGAAAAAGAGAACUGGUAGUGUUUUUCCCACCUUCUGUCGCACCACUUUCCACCAUGCUUCGAUCACGUGCUGUAAUGUAGCCCAAGCGGGGUACAUUGCUUAAUGGAUCACGAUCGGGAUACAUUUGAUUUUAGUCAAGGGCACGUGACCAAGAAUCAACCAAUGGCAGUCCCUGUUUAGUUGAGUGAAAGUCAAGGAAUAUAACAAAUUAAAAUAUUCUAGGGUGUAUUUUAAUAGACCCGGAUAACUGGGACCAGCAGUUUGAGUACUUAAUAACGUGGGUCAGUACUGACGAGUAUGUGAAUCUUGAUACCGUAAGAACAUGAGUGUUCAUUGGAUUCCCCUGCUGCACUGUACUUUCACUGCAAUCUCAGUGUGGGCAUACGCGAUCUGCAGCAAACAUCUAAUCCUUGAGUUUCCCAAAGGAUCUUUCGCCAGUUACAAAAAUGUUAGAAGCUUGAUCUGGAAGAGGAUUGUACAAAAGUGUUACUAGCACUACCGAUGGCUCAUUUAGUAGACUUUUUGCCCCUGCUAGAUCCAGAUUGAUGCGGAACAGAGGCCAACCCUUCACCCUUCUGGCCAUCAGAACUGAACGUUUUAAAUGAAGCUUCAUGUUUCUUUGGAAUUUAAUAAAGAUCAGUUAUUAUUGAGGGAUUAGUAUGACAAAGGAACUUUUAGGAUAAAAGAAACAAACUUCUUGACUGGAAAAACCGGACACUAGCCUAAGGUGAACAUUUGUCUAACGUGCCUCACGUGCAUGGUAUUUUAGCGAAUUGUCAACAUGCCUUUGUAGAGUAGUUCGCUAUAGCAUGUAAAUGUCAGUUUGCAAAACGCCCAGAAGCAAUAACAAAUGAUAUGGUUGGUUUAUUUUAGCUCUUCCACAAUUCUACACAUUUACCUUCAUCAGUUUUAAGCGGAACAAGCAAAGGCUCUAACUUUUUUGUGUUUUAUAAUUUUCUUGGUAAUUAUACUAAGUUUUAAACACCGUAUGUUUCAGUAUUGGUAUUGCUUCACGUGCAUUGGCCUCCAGUCACCAAAAGCGGAUUGAAUAAGCUAUUCUUACCACAGCUUAGAAAGCACUGAAUGGAAUGGCUCCGUCCAACAUCUGUGAUCUACUGCAGUCUCUUUACUCCACAUGUGAUCUUCGUCCAGCAUCUAGAACACCGCCCGGUUAGCUCAGUUGGGAGAGCGCCGGUCUGCUUAGCGGGAGGUCGCGGGUUCAAACCCCGGCCGAGCCAACACUAAGGCACUUUAAAAAACUGAGAAGAAAGUGCUGCCUUUGUAAUGACAUCUGCAAAUGGUUAGACUUUCUAGUCUUCUCGGAUAAGGACGAAAAACCGUAGGUUCCGCCUCACAGCACUUUCACUGAUUUGUUCUUGUGGGACGUAAAAGAACCUACAUCACUAUUAGAAAAGAGUGGGGGUCGUAGACCCCGGUCAGGUGUUGCCAACCUUUCUGGGUUGUGGGAUUGGGCAGGGAUGGCACCUUGCUUGAGACCUAUGAGCCCCGUUCGUGAACAUUCCCACUGGGCAGGCCUGUGUCCAGAAAAGCUGGUAAAUAAAUAAAUAAAUAAAAGAUCACUGCUAUUCGAAGUAAAUGAGUCAGUUAAAGGAACUGUAUUACGAAAUAUAUCAAAAUUCAAGCAAAGAGAGCCUACCACCAAACUGAGUGAAACAAAAAAAUAACUGCUCAUAACACGGCAAAUGCGUAAGGAGGAGCGGAUUUACAAAUUUGAAGAAGAUUGAAACGGAUUGCAAUUGUGCUUUUGAAACUUUUUUUAACUUAACAGUUUUUCAAAGUUCGUUUUUGUUGUUUGUAACGUUUAAUAUACUACUUGGGAGACCGAUCGAUAUUUUGUCUGACACGAAGCUGUAAUUUUGCUAUUUACAAGCAAUUUCUCAAGCUGCAUAAGGACGUAUGUAUGAGUUUCAUCGCAAUAAUACACAUAAAUACCUUCAAGGGUGUAAGAGUGUUCAGUUCUCACUUAUUUGUAGCUAAAAACACACGUUUUUAACAAGAUGAGUAAAGCGGGUCAGUCUCGAUUUAUAGAGGUUUGGCAAACCUUUUAGCAGAGGUGGUCACAUCAGUGGAAGAGCUUGAAAUCUUCAGAAAGAGGAGAAUUUCGCUAACUCGCUGCUAACUGGCCUCACUUGGACAAAAAAUGGUGGUUUCUUUUUUAAAGACUAAAAAAAUCGCUAACCCUGACCCGCAAACCACUUAAACGAAGUGUAGUAGCGGUGUCUUGAGCUCUGAGGAAAAACAAACUGAGUAAAAUGAUGCAAGUGGAAGAUGACUAUUAAAAUUGGCAUCGUGCAAGCCUUGUAGGCUUUACUACGUGCUUUCGCUUUAUAGCGCUGUCAGAUUUCUGAUUUAUUACGUUUAUCGGUUCUUAAACCACAAAGACACGUUUUUCAUGUGUUCGAGUACUAAAUCACACCACGGGAGCGUGACUUUUCAAGAGGCAGCGUGGGAUGCCGCCGCCUCUGCCGCUGGGAGACGACACUGUUGAACGAGGCCGGAACAAAUUACGGAAACCUGACUAGAGUCACGAAAAGCGGGAUAUUUGUUCAUGGUUAAGUCAGCUAGAUAGCUGAAAAGGUAUCUACUAAGUUCGAACAUCAACCACGAAAGGAUGGGAGAUUCACUGUGACUAGCUACAGGUUGGAAAAAUAAUUCAUUAUUAAUUUUAUUGAUUGAAUUCUUGAAACAUCAAAUCUCUGCUUAAGUGCGAUAAAUGCCGUACCUUUUGCAAAAAACUUUUAUUAUUAACGACACUUUUGACAUCAAAAGCAGUAAGCAGCAGUGUUCCUAUAGGACAUCGUGUUACAUUUAACAUUGGGAACCUUGGCCGAAGAAUACAGAAGAGUGAUAACCUUUUCGUAGGACGAGUAAUUUAUAUAUACAUGAAAAUAAACUUGGACGUAGUUAUGGAAACCCACUUCCAAAGGAAAUUCGGUGCGAAAUCGUUUAAGUUUCACUACAACGAGUUCGACCAUGCGACAUAUGCCGUCGUUUCGGAAUCUUUCAUGGUUGUACCAGCAAGCUGUUGUCCAAGUAUAGCCGGAAAAGAUGACUCAAUCCAAUAUGGCGGCCGAGAAGGUGUAGGUAGACCCCGAGUUAUCACCCCCACUUGGCAGAGAGAUUGGAACAGUACUUGAAGGAACAACCUGGGAUCUACUCAUGGGAGAUACGAGAUCGGUUUGUCAAAGCUAGAGAACUGACAUAUGCAGCUUUAAAAACAUUCUAUCUCUGACUUCUAUCGGAGUCUGCUGUUAAAUCGGUCAAAGUAAAUGGAUUCAGUUGCACCCGUCUGCAGUAAAGUGCAGCAACUUGGAAGGAGUAAAAUCUACUCGCUAAUAUAUUGAAUCUUCAUCUAGGAGGAAAUAAUAUUUCGCUACAACUUUUUCAGUUUCUUUAGUCUGUUCUUCAGAUAGAGAUUUUGCACGUAAAGAGGACGACCAAAGAGCAGGUAGUGUACUCAAUUAUCAUAAUUGUCAAGCUCUCUUAAAUGUCGCGCAGCUGUAGGUUUUCGUCUUGCAAACGGAUCUUUUAUGUACAUUAAAACUUGCUCUGUUAGAUUCAGAUGCUUAAGUUUAUCACAAUUUACUUUAUAUUUACCACUGGCCGGGUGAGUGGAAUCUGGCUCUUAAACUAGUGCAUUUUCAAGUCGGUUUUCAUCCUUCUUAACCUAGCUUUCGACACAUCAUCACGCAUGUUUUUGCCGCUUUUGACUAAAACACUGAAUAUUCGUUGUCAUUUCAUUACCUCAGAGCCUAGUUUCAUGACUUUUUAUCCUGAUAAGAUCUUAAUAAAUUUAACUGCAGAAAAAAACAAUAAGCAGUUUGUGAUCGUGGCUUUAUUCUUCGAUGAAUACAAAUUAAAAUGAUAGUGCAAGACGACAAAACUGAUUAUUAUAAUUACAGCCGUAGAAACAAGUCAGCCAUCAACAUGUAGACACUUCACAGUUCUAAGGCUCAAAGAUCAAAACUCUUUAAUGAUUGAGUUGUUUAAUGGAAAAUGCAACGAAAACCGGCCGAUAAACUAAUAGCACUCCUUACAUUGCCAUGAUACGGGCAUUCAUACUGCUGAAGUACCUCGAUUGAAACUAUUUCUUUGAAUGUCGGAUCACGGCAAAAGAAAGUUUUCCAUGAGCUUCCAACAAAUAUCACUUGCCUUUGAUGUCUUCGAAUGUUUGAUUGUUACGUUUUUACUCUAGGUUGAAGUUCAAAUCAAUUUUAUCAUUAAUGUGUCAAACGCUUCUUUGGAGAAUAUUAACAUGUCUUGACUUCUUUACUUCUCAAGCAUACAUGCAAGCCUCAGUUCCUUGUUAUUCUAAGUUUCAUGGGGUAAGGAACUGGUUAACACGGUUUAUCUGAUACGAAGUGUUGAACACAGAGUGUAUUUAAGCGUAUUUGUCCAUUUCUUUAAACUGCCUUCAGUUCAUUGUGAUCAUUUGAAAUUUUAACACUAAGUGUUUCUUUUAAAAUCGCUUUGGGCAUUUUUCUCGUAAUCUGCUAAUAAAACAAUCCCUCUCUGUAAUUCUUAAGUUCCUCGGCAGAGAGUCUUUAAUGCAUCUAUUCAAACUGAACAGAGAGGAUCAGAAAAAAUGAGCAGUAUGCACUGGAGUGGUUCCGUAAAUUGAUCAUGAUAGUGCCUUAAUGAAAAUUCACAUUGAGUGAAAGCCACUCAGUGGCAAGCCAAACGUUUCCCUUGUAUUGUUAUCAGUUAUGCCAUAGGGUCAGGUUCAAGUUUAUUCGACUUAUUUUAUCUUUUAUAUAAAAAUAUACACAUACGUUUUUAUAUUUUCCAAAUGAGCAUAGCCAUUUAUAUUAACUGAAGCCGCUACUGGGCAACAGUUCUUUUCUGUGGUAAAGUUUUAAGCAAGGAUGCUCUCUGAGGGCCAUUGAAAUGAAAGCUACUUGAGCAGUAAUUUCAUCAGUAGUGUUACCGGUUUGUUUUUCUUCACUAAAAAGGCGAUUGUAGGUCAGUGACUGAAAUCCUGAGUGUAGGAAAUCCAAGAAAUCGACUGUUUGGCGUUUUGGUUCCCUGAUACCAUCUGUGUCGCUGUAUCGCCAGAAAAUAAUUUUUGACGCCCUGCACAAAUCUCAUAAUAGAUCAGCGUUCUGUAUCAUUUAUGAUCUCUCUGUUUCACUACUAUGUAGUCCGUUUGAACUGCGCCCACCUUUACUACAAUUUCAAUACCACCAACUACCCAGAGUGUUAACUUCAAAUUAAAAUAGAUUUUGAUGGUAAUUAUUAUGCUUGAAGGGCCGUUUUGACCGAUACUUUUGUGCUACGUUGAAAAUUUGCCGAGGGAUUAGUGGAGCAGUGGUGUUUUCUCGUGGGAAGAACGUCUUACAUGUUUAUGCAUUUUUGCUGUUCGCUCUGGAUGGUGUUCAUCAGCUAGAACAAUGUGAGUAAGAUGAAGUGUUUUAUUCGUUACAAAACCAGAAAAGAGAAUGUAUUAAGUAUACCGAUGAUCAACUUCGCGUGAACUUGAGACAGCGUUUGAAGUUACUCAACUGACCCGUCUGCCUCAGAACGAGAUUAGUUAGCGACAAAGCUUAAGCGUCACAGGAUCAAGAAUUCAUGCGCAUUUUAUAGUUUUUUUUUAAGGUUAAUUUAAGGCCACAUUGAUGCUAGAGGUUAUACCACUGAAUAAGGGUAUAAUGGCAUUAAACGGUUCUACUGAACAUUUAUUUUAAAAGAACUAAGACUAAAAUGACUGUGGGGAAUCAAUAUAAAGGUUGAAGAGUCACUAUGGUAUAUUUGGGUUGUCACAGAAGCAAUUGUACUGUGAAAGGUCAGAAAUUCACAGUUUCAAAUGAGAUUAAACUUAACUGCGUAAGUAAAAAUAGCAAUAAUGCAUGCAUGAAGUACGGAUACCUGUCAGUACGUCCAUCCUCUCUCUGCCCUCAGUUUUUACAUUUAUCAUUUAUUGGCUAUGUCAUGGCGAGUUCAACAGUUUUGGUCGAAGCUGAGCUGAAAUUAUAACUAAGUAUUCUUAAUCAUCUUUUCCCUACUUGAAACUUGACUAGUGGAAAAAUAUUUGUAGUUCAACCGAAGGGAGGACAACGCAACAUCGAUUUUUGACCAUUUUUCACUCGACAACAAAGGAGAUUAACCUUGAAAAAGUAGGUCUACUUUUCGCAGCUUAAAAUGUUAUGUGGUUACCGAAACUUAAAGUGAAUAGGAAGCUACACUGAAGCUAUAGCUACUUUUUUUGAAGUCUGGCAAAGUAGGUCUCUUGUAUUUUGGGGUACUUAUUGGCAAUUUAGGCUAAGUUGCGUUUUAAUAAUAAUGAUAAUAAUAAUAAUACUAACAAUCUUUAUAACUAGGGUUUUAAUUAGGUUCUAAUUUCUAUGGAGGUAUAGUUGUUGACUCCUAGAAAAAUAAAGAAACUUGAGUUUGGUCCUUAAUUAUACAGUAUUUAUUCACAACUCUACAUCACAAUGCUCUUUUAUGCCAGGCCCAUGAAGGACAAUUACACUUUGUACUUUCUUCAAACUUGUUUUUGUUGUAGGAACUACACUACUACUUUUACUACUAAUUACAGUUUGUUCCAGUCAGGGGGGGAAGCUACUUCCCAUACAUUCUCUUAAAUGAAAUCCAAACGAGGUUCUCACAACUUGCAAAGCGAUCAGCAAGUUUCUCGCCAGCGGAUUUGUGUACUGAUCAUGCGCAUUACGUCAAAAACCAUAGAUUGAAACAAGAUCAUGGCGGACAAGACGGGACUGGUUCUCACUAUUACAAAUUUUUUGGCUUUAUGUCGCUUUUCAGACAUAGCGUAUGGUUUGCUUUUUCUCUUAGAUAAUUUCCCUCUGCAGAGUUUGGAAUAUGCAACAUAUAGCUGCGUAAAGCUGACAAGAACCGCCGAAGAGUUGAGCUAUCGAGCAGUGUUUUGCUGCAAACCUUAGGAAAGUUCAGGUCACUUCAAGGUACAGACCUUUCAGUAGUAGUUGUGAUUUGUUUAUUAGGAUUGUUUUGAAUUUUAACUUUGAAUUCAAGGUGUUGACUGAUCGUAAUAAACGAAGUGAAACGUUAUGAAGUGUGACUAUAUGUUUAUUCAGGUACGAUAUGUACAGCUGUAAGCUCAUAUUUAAAAGGCUCUCUUGAAUAUACUUGCUUCCGAUAAAUUUGACACUUUUUCCAAUAUUUUUUAUCAGCAUCAUAAUUUCCAUAGUCCUUUGAUGUCCUCGCCCGGCAAAAACGAUGUAACCUAUAAAUCGAUCGAGCGUGUUGUUGGUGGUUAAGAUCUAACACGAUUGUCAACACGAUUGCGGUUUAGUUUCCCCCCGGCGAUUUCAGUACCAAAAGACAAACACGAUAUGCAAGAAAAACGAAGAUGCAUGACAUUAUUUUUUCAAUGUCUUAAUCAUUUCUUCUGCCGGUUCGCUUGAACACCUAUUACCCGCUGACCACCACGCAGGGUGACCGCUUUGCAAGUUGUGAGAACAUGGUUUCUCGGUCCCAGACCUCGUCUCUUCCCCCCUUUCCCAAAAAAAUGAUGGCACGCCUCCCUUAACAUUAAGGCAACGGAGAAGGAAGAAGGCUUUUUUAGUAUUUUCCUUACUAAUCCGAAGGCGAGUAUAAUUGGUCUCCUGACCCAACAGCACCGAACUAUGAAUCGGGACAAGUCUACUUUUGGAUGUCGGCUGUGACACAUCUAUUUUGAAUGUCUUGACCUUCUCAUUUGACUUAUUUUGACUUCUCCGAGAUAAAGAUUUCUUCCCAGGAGGAAUCAUCCUUCAUGAUAUAAAGUGAGCAACAAGCUUUAUCUGCAUGAUAGCAUUGUAGAAAGCAAAAGUAAAGGUAAUGAAAAUAAGUUUUACAAGAAGAAAGUGAUACGAUACAAUUUUGAGAACAACGUUUCGAUAAAAAGUUUAAAAAAAGACCAAUGUCAACAUUCUCAGUUGACCAUGAACUGUCACGUAAAAUACUCUGAUUAUGAGAUCCUGGAGUUGAGGAAACUAUGUUGUGAAUUCAUUAGUUUAAUUGUAUUGACUACAAACUGGCCUGUAAAGUAGGCCAUCCAAAUCUCCUCGUUAAAACACAACUUUCUGCAUCUUGUUCUAUAGGUGUGGUGUGAAGUGCAAUCCAAGAAGGCGAUCAAUUCAUAAAGCCAAACUGGGCACGGACGAGCCAAAGGAAUGA